UCUCACAGCUCUGGCGAAAAGAGGCCGGGUCGGUGGCCCCUAGCCACAGAAAGAUCUACGGAGCAGGUCCUACGCCAGACCUGUGUGUGUGCGGCGGAGGGGGUGUAGGACUACACUUCCCAUGAAGCCCCGCGCGCAACCCGCGGGUGCUGCUGGGAAGAGCAACGUGCGAGUAGCCAGGUCGGCAGCCUGAUCCGCUGAUAGAAUGGCUGGUCCUCGAGUGUUCCCACUUUCCUGUGUGGUGCAGAAGUACGCCUGGGGGAAGAGGGGCUCCAACAGCGAAGUGGCGCGGCUGCUGGCCAGCAGUGACCCGCUGGCCCAUAUCUCAGAGGACGAGCCAUAUGCAGAGCUGUGGAUGGGAGCACAUCCCCGGGGGGACGCCAAGAUCCUUGACAACCGGAUCUCACAGAAGACGCUGGGCCAGUGGAUUGAUGAGAACCAGGAUUGUUUGGGUUCAAAGGUCAAAGAUGCCUUUAACGGCAAGCUGCCCUUCCUCUUCAAAGUGCUCUCAGUGGAAACGGCCCUAUCCAUCCAGGCACACCCCAACAAGGAACUGGCAGAGAAGCUCCACCUCCAGGCCCCACAGCACUACCCCGAUGCCAACCACAAGCCAGAGAUGGCCAUUGCACUCACCUCCUUCCAGGGCUUGUGUGGCUUCCGGCCUGUGGAGGAGAUCCUGACUUUUCUGAAGAAGGUGCCUGAGUUCCAGCUCCUGAUUGGGGACGACGAGGCCACACAGCUGAGACAAAGUGUUAACAGCGAUCCCCAGACUGUGGCCUUGGCUCUGCGCAGCUGUUUCUCCCACCUGAUGAAGAGUGAGAAGAAGACAGUGGCAGAGCAGCUCAAUGUGUUGGUGAAGCGCAUCUCCCAGCAAGUGUCAGCUGGGAACAACAUGGAUGACAUUUGUGGGAAGCUGCUACUUCGGCUGCACCAGCAGUACCCAGGGGACAUUGGCUGCUUUGCCAUUUACUUUCUGAACCUGCUCACGCUGAAGCCGGGGGAGGCCAUGUUUCUGGAGGCCAAUGUACCCCAUGCCUACCUGGACGGAGAUUGUGUGGAGUGCAUGGCAUGUUCGGACAACACAGUGCGUGCUGGCCUGACGCCCAAGUUCAUUGAUGUGCCAACGCUUUGUGACAUGCUCGACUACACCCCCAUUCCCAGCAAGGACAGGCUCUUCCCCCCAUCGCAGAGUCAGGAAGACCCCUACCUCUUCAUCUAUGACCCCCCUGUGCCAGACUUCACCGUGAUGAGGAUGGAGGUCCCCAGCUCUGUCACUGAAUAUAAGGUCUUGGUGUUGGACUCUGCCAGCAUCCUCCUGGUGGUGAAGGGGACAGUGACAGCCAACUCGCCCACAGCCCAAACUGCCAUCCCCCUGCAACGUGGCGGGGUGCUCUUUGUUGGGGCCAAUGAGUGUGUCUCACUGAAGCUUACUACACCCCAGGACCUGCUGCUAUUCCGAGCCUGCUGUCUGCUGUAGCAGCCACAGCCUCCCCAGCUGUCCCCUGCUGGCCAUCAGCCCAAGCCCCUUCCUGCUGUGUGGUCUGGGUACACUUGAGAACAGGGCAGCAAGGAGCUUGUAGGUUGUGUCUUCAGGACACACUCAGCCUAAGCCAUCUUUGGAAACACUCCUGUCUCAAUCACUUCUUGCCACCCAAGCCUGGCCAUGUCAACUCCAUGGUAGCUCUGCACCUCCCAUGGCACCAGGCUAUUUGGUGACACCUGUGGUCCUGACUUAGCGCCCGGAAGAAGGACAAGGAGCAGAGUUCUUGCCUGGGACUGCUGUCCUCAGCUUCAGAGGGCUAUGGGAGGGGCCCAAGGACUGUGGUGCUGGUGGCCUCCUGCACUGUCCAGGCAAUUAAAGCUUGCUCUGUCUAGGCUGUGAGCAGA